AUGCUGUCAGUGGGAAAGCCGGUGUCAUUAGUCCAGCAGAAGAGGCAGCAGUGGGCACAGGAGAGAGAAGAAAUGUCACAUCUCUACCUUCCCUGGGGUUCUGGUGAGCGUUACGCGAAUCGAUUACAAGUUCGGAAUCAAUUUGCAAGCUCUCUGGAACUACACAAGCAAUCUUCUUACGAGUAUCAAGAACCCAUACAAAGACAAAGAAGUCCAAGUCUUCCACCCAUUCAUAAUAUUGAGAUCAACAAGUCGUUCGAAGACAAUAAACGUCACAAAGAGAUACUGAAUAGAAACGUUUCAAGUGCAAAAAGAUUUGCGUUCUACGACGAAGAUGCUGAAGGAGACACUUCGGGUUACGGCAGUGAAACUAUUAACCAUAUGAAUAUAAGAAACCAGUGCUCCAAGUUUCAUGAGACGAUGAACAAUUACAACAAUAAUCCGGUCGUGGCAUGGCAACAAGAGGGAAAGGAGAACCGAAAGCAGCCUUCAAGCGGGCGGUCAGGUAUGACGGGAGGUGCGCUGUCUGCACGGAGCACAUCCGGGCAAGACGAGGGUCGUCCGCGAUGGGGAGACAGGGGUGUCGCCACCGGGCGAUUAUGGGAGCCCACCGCCCCCAAUGCUCGACUGCCUCAGAUGCCAAACCAGAAAAAGGGUACUCCAUCUUGGGUGGAGCGUGGACUUAAUAUGAUAGACAGCUCGUCUGAUGUCUUAGUCAUAGAUCAAAGGAGCUCCAAUAACUCUGGCUUAGAUUGUGAUCGAUUCUCUUCCAAUGGAAGUGAUGAAGGAAGGACUUUUCUCAGAGGCCAAAAUGUACCACUAGAGCCUGAAGUAAAAGCCCAAAGAGAAACAAAACGCAUUAAGGCUUUAGAAUUACAAUCUGCAAUACUAAGUCAAUUAGAAGAGCGUGAAAAACGUCGACAAGAAGAUAGAGAAAGAAAAUUUAGAGAAGAACGAAUGGAAGAAUUAAGAAUACAGAGGCAACAAGAAGAGGAUAGAUUAAGAUUAGAAGAAGAAAAAAGGAAAACAAAAGAAAAGAAUCUCCUUGAGCAGCGAAAAUUAGAUGCUUUAAAAAAAGCUCUUGAAGAUGCUGAAAAAAAAGCAAGACAAGAAAAAGAGAAAAAGUUUAGUUGUCAUAGGCAAGCGAACAUAUUCUCUGAAACCCAUGAUUAUAAUGAUAAGGCAAAUGAAGACACACCAUGCGAAAAUGAACCCAUUAGCCCCACUAAAACGUGUAGUCCUACUAAAACUUAUAGAACCUAUAAUGUACAAUCUUCGACGAGCCUUAAUAAAGAAAAUAAUUCGCAACAUAGCACAGCAUUUAAUUCACCGCGCUCUAUAACAGCGAGUAACUUAAAUUUAUUUAUCCAUAAUGUGCCACCUCUUACCUUAACAGAUAAUCAAUUUAAUAUUGUGCCAAUUGGUAUAACUAAUAAUACAGAAAUAUUGAAUAGCCAGUCAAAUAAUAUACAACUAGCUGUGCUAGUUCCUCAAAAUAAAAAUGUAUUUAGCCUGUCAUUAAAUUCUAUUAAUAAUUUACAUGAUUUAGGAGACAUGGAAAAAAUACUUACACCUAGUAAAUAUCGUUCCAUUAAGACUAAGGAUGCUUAUACACAAACUGACGUGGAUGUUCCAACUACAUCACCCGAAAGAUUAGAAAAAGAUGUUAGAAGCAUCGAUAAGAACUACUCUAAUAUAGACGAGAAUGCACCAAAUGACGACCACCACCGUAAUACAACAAAAAAGGACCGUCGUUUAAGGUCAGAGGAGAGGUAUAAAAAGGAUAUUGAAAGUCGGCCAAAAUGGGGUGCUAAUAAACCUGUGGCUCAGUACAAAAAACAAAGUGAAAAAGAUCCAUUUUAUACUCAGAAACGAAAAGUGCGCCAAAAAUAUCGACCACAAGCUAGGGAGUACAUGUCCCAAUCUAGUGAAGACAGUAGGUCUCCGAGUCCUCCAACUAGAAGUGAUAAAACUCUUGAUAGUACUAUAAAAAAACGUAAUUCUCUGAGUCAAUCAUAUUGGAGAAAUAAAAGAUCUAGUCAAGACUUUACUACAAAUCAAAUUGAGACUAGUAAUGUUCCAGAAUUUACAUCUUUAGCUCAAAUAACCGAAGAUGGUAAAACAGAUCACAAAAAGUCACCAAAAAUAUCACCCACAAAAAGAGUAACUUUGUCUCAGAAAUUCAUAAAUGAUAAGUAUGGCACCAGAAAACUGUGGAUAGAUGACAUAAAUGAACCAGCGACUAAAUAUAAUUUAAGUGAUUUAGAUAAUUCUAAAAGAAUUAAUGAUAAAACAAAUAUAAUCAAACGAGAUAUUAGUGACAUUCAUCAAAAUCAAGAAAAUAUAUUGUCUAACAUAAAACUC